CCAAUUGAACCACCAACGCUGGCUGUCUGCGACAGCAAUAAUUGCCUUGGUCUCAUUCGUGUGCCGCUGCCUUCAGAGGGUCUGACGGCAUAUGGCGGGCUCCAAUGACCCCAAUGGCUCCCCGCCUGCCAGUGGUGGAGGGGAAGAUGAACCUAUCCUGGGAACUGCCUUGACAGCGCGCAACAUAGAGGCUUUCGGGCGCAAAGUCACCACUACCGCUGGCCAUUUCCUCGGCGAUCCUCACAGUACCGCUCACUACCAAAAUGCCAUUACCGAAAUACACCGAGAGUUAAGGCAUCCAAAUAUUCAGCGACAAGUCUACCACUUUUCACAAACAACACCUUCCGAGAUUGUUCGCUCUCGAUUAUAUACCUCAGAGAUACACCAUCGCGCGCUUGCAUAUCUUCCAGAUGAAUUGCUCACGAAUAUACCCGAAGAUGACAAUUCGUAUUCCCUUUUCCAAGGAUUUGAGGCUACAUUACCGGACAUGGACGCAAGUCACCACAAGAGGCAUGGACGGCAUCACUCACGAGGGCGGAAAUUAUUGUCCAGCGCAGAUGCCGAGAAAGAAGGACAGCCGAAGCUUGAGAAGCUCAAAAGCGAAAAGGGCAGUCUCGGCCACCGAUUAGAGAUGAUGGCAAUUAGAAAGAACAUGUGCAGCGCAGAGAUACGCGAGAUUGACAACAAGAUUGCCAAUCUCAAUACUAUGCGCAAAAUUGUAUUAGAUCGGUUAGCAUCGCUUGAACAAGAGGAAUCAAGCAUUGAGCAUGACAUUGUUGAUGUUGGGAAUAGACUUGAGGAUCUUGAGGAGGAAAUGGAGGAUGCUGCUGCGCUUGCGCAGCCCGCACAAAGUCCUAAGGCUGAGGCGGUCGAGGAGGCCACCCCUUCUGGUUCGCCAGACAUGGAAGCUUCAUUCAUGUCCGCCUCUAUUUACGAGAAGAUUCCCUCGCCCAAGGCGAAGAGGAGGAAAAAUAUUAGACGGAUAUCAAUGCCUAUUCUUCACGAGCAUUUCGAGCCGGGCUCGAAUCUGAAGGAAAUCCAAGCACACAACGAUAUCAUUACUGCCCUGGACUAUGAUGUGCCUUUUGGGACUAUGGUGACAGCAGCACUGGACGAUACUGUCCGUGUCUGGGAUCUUAGUGCUGGGAGGUGCAUGGGAAUGCUGGAAGGCCACCAUGCAUCUGUCCGAUGUUUGCAGGUCGAGGAUAAUAUCGUAGCCACUGGCUCGAUGGAUGCGACAAUCCGACUAUGGGAUCUCAGUCGCGCAGACUAUGCGCCGCAGGACAACCGUAUCAAUAAAGGUGGCGAGGAGGAAGACGAUGAGGACGCCCUAGGUUUUGAGCAUCCUGACGAUGCUCCCAUUCCGCCACCAUCCUCCAGCAUGCAGGAUUGCCCUCUCUUCUCCCUUGAAGCGCACGUGGAUGAGGUCACGGCGCUGCAUUUCCGGGGCGACACUCUCGUGUCUGGCUCUGCCGACAAGACCAUUCGUCAAUGGGAUCUUGAGAAGGGCCGCUGCGUUCAGACACUAGACGUCCUUUGGGCGGCCGCGCAAGCUUCAUCAACAAUACAACCUAGCAGCGGGCCAUGGCGUCAGACUGGUCGUCUGCCUGAUGCUUCUGCUGACUUUGUCGGCGCACUCCAAUGCUUCGACGCUGCACUGGCAUGUGGUACAGCUGAUGGGAUGGUCCGCCUUUGGGAUCUGCGAAGCGGUCAAGUUCACCGCAGCUUGGUCGGUCAUACGGGACCAGUCACGUGCCUGCAAUUCGACGAUGUCCACUUGGUAACGGGAAGUUUGGAUCGUAGCAUCCGGAUCUGGGAUCUUCGCACAGGAUCCAUCUUUGAUGCGUACGCUUACGACAAGCCGGUGACCGAUAUGAUGUUUGACACGCGCCGCAUCGUGGCUGCCGCUGGAGAAAAUGUGGUCAAGGUCUACGACAAGACGGACGGUCGACACUGGGAUUGUGGCGCUGGAGUCGACGCCGAGGAAGAAGGUACUCGCCCAGCCAUGGUGGAGCGAGUGCGCAUCAAGGACGGCUACCUGACAGAGGGUCGCAAGGACGGUAUUGUCGGGAUUUGGGCGUGUUGAGAAACUCACUCUCCACUUUAUUUUGCAUGAUUGUGAUAAACACAAUUUUGGGGGUUCAAGGUAUCAACAAAAAGGCAUUAAAUGUACAUUAAAGUACAACAACAGCAACAGUAGUAACAGACUGGACUUCUAGAGCUGGUCUGGCGAUGAUGGGCAUUUCAGCCGGCGUUGAAUGGAGGAGCAUGUAUCACUAGUUCAAGUUUGCCAUUGUCAUAAGAGCAACCUAUAUCAGCGCGGGAGCGAGUGAGCGAUCAGGCAGAGGAUAGACGUUUUGUCGUCUCACGAUGGACGAUGGUGAUACUCUAACGGUGCUUGUGUCCUUUCCUGAUUGGGACGGUGUAAUUUCCUUACUGCAGGGGCCACC